AUCGCAACACAUUAUAGUGGUGUUUAUCCCAGGUAUGUAGCAAUUACAGUAAAACAACGUCGUUCUUCAUACUGUCAAAAUGAAUUUGUUCCAUGAUUACGAUUAGCUGACGGAUAAAUCAUUUUGUUAAAUUUAGAUUAAACACCUACGACUACGCUUCUAUUAUUAUCAUAAAUAAGACAUUGUAUACGUAUAUCACAUAGGACGUUUAUAAUCAUAGCGUGACGGUAAUACUCGCGCGUGCAUUUGGAUUUUAAACACGCAUAUUACAGGAUAUAUAGAUAACACUGAUUGGAAAACACAAGGUUAUUCCUAGCACGGCGUGAAACUGCAUGGAAACAUGGAAUAUAUAUUUAUGAUUUAUAUUUUAGUAUUUGCACUAUGGAAUUUAUCAAUAUCGUACGGACAGACGAGACAUUUCAGAGUUGCGGCCCUGUUCGAACCAGAGUACGAGGGGAUGAUCCUAGCUUUUCAGAAUGCCGUUACCAAGGUGAACAUGCAUUCCGAGGUUGGUCCUGGAAAAAACAUCAUCUAUGAUCUGAAAACCAUCGCGCCUCACGACAGCUUCGUAGCUAAUAAGGAAGUAUGUCGGGAAAUGAGAGCCCCUGGUGGUAUAGCAGCUGUAUUUGGACCAGUUAGUGAAAUAUCUCGUGCACACGUGCAGUCGCUCUGCAACGCAUUCGAAAUUCCUCAUAUUCAAGCAGUGUGGGAUUCACGGGUUCCUCGUGAAUAUUUCUCUAUCAGCGUGUACCCGGAUCAUGAAGUACUCGGUAGAUCAUUUGCAGACCUUAUAAAGCACUGGGAAUGGAAAUCUUUCACUGUUAUAUAUGAGGACGGAGAGAGUCUAGUGCGUCUACAGAAGCUGCUAGAAACAGCUAGGGGAGAAGAAUACAAAAUGACAAUCCGGAUGCUGGAGGUGCAUCAGAAUACUUUCACAAGUAUGCUGAAAGAGUUGAAAGAGAAGCAGGAGUACAGAAUUGUCAUAGAUUGUCACGUGUCCAAGAUUAGACAGAUUCUUGAUGAGGCAGAUUCAUUGAACAUGCUGUCGGCAUAUUAUCAUUUCCAUUUUACGUCUUUGGAUUUGUCCCAACUAGAUCUGGAAGAUUUUAAGUUCAAAGGUGCUAACAUAACGUCUAUGCGUCUGAUUGACCCCUCUAACCCUGAGGUCAUGAACAUAAUGGCGGAGUGGGGACUUAUGGAGACGAAUAUUGGCCGAUCGCCACUACUUGGUAUGAGAGCGAUUGGGACGGAAACAGCUUUGAUGUAUGAUGCCGUGCACAUGUAUGCACGUGCGCUUGCAGGUCUGGCGAAUGCACACCACAUUUCUACAGAGACUUUAAACUGUAAUAAACGCGAAGUUUGGAACCAAGGAAACAGCUUACUUAACUAUAUGAAGGCAAUAGAAUAUGAUGGACUAUCAGGAAAGAUAAGAUUUGACGAUGGAAAAAGAAAAGAUUUCCGUCUAGGAAUUAUCAGUCUGACACAUCAUGGACUGAUUGAGAUCGGGCACUGGACUCCAAAAAUAGGUAUCAAUAUAACAGUUACGGUUGCACAACAAGUUCAGGAUGAAAGGGAAAUGCUGAGGAAUAUGACACUAAGGGUUGUAACAAUUUACGACCCACCAUAUGUAGUUAACCUCACAGAACCGAACGAACACGGACGCAUGCAUGAAGGUUUUAUUAUUGACCUUCUUGAUGAAUUGUCGAGAAUUCUAGGGUUUAACUACACUAUAUAUGAAGAAUCUAAAAGGGAAUAUGGAAGCAAAGUUGAGGCCACCGGUAAAUGGAAUGGAAUGAUUGGAGACCUCAUUGAGAGGGACCGUGUCAAUAAAGCUGAUAUCGCUGCGGCUGGGUUGACAAUAACUUAUGCACGUGCUAAGGUAGUGGAUUUUACGAUGCCUUUUCUGAACCUUGGUAUCACCAUCAUCUAUCGUAAACCGAUGAAAAGUCCUCCAGAUUUGUUCUCCUUCCUGCUGCCCCUCUCUCCAGAUGUAUGGAUUUAUAUGAUUGCGGCUUACCUUUGUGUCAGUUUUAUGCUGUUUGUAAUAGCCAGGUUUACGCCAUAUGAAUGGGAAAAUCCUCAUCCGUGUAACGAAGAAUCGGAAGAAGUGGAGAACCAGUUUACAAUUUUAAACAGUCUCUGGUUUACUAUUGGUUCCCUUAUGCAGCAAGGCAGUGAUGUAGCACCAAAGGCGUCAUCGACCAGGUUUGUGGCGAGUAUAUGGUACCUGUUUACGCUCAUACUUGUGUCCUCCUACACCGCUAACCUGGCAGCUUUUCUGACGAAAAGCCGAAUGGUUGGACCAAUCACAAACGCCGAGGACCUUUCCUUACAAACUGAUAUAAAGUAUGGAACACUCGCAUCCGGUUCUACGAGAGACUUCUUUAAGAAUUCUAACAUGUCAACAUACAAACGCAUGAAUGCAUACAUGAACGCUAACGGAGACAGAGUGCUGGUAAAAGGAAACACAGAAGGAUUUGAAAAAGUCAAGAGUGAAAAUUAUGCAUUUUUAGCCGAGUCUACUUCAAUAGAUUACCAAGUACAGAGAAAUUGUGACCUUAUGCAAGUUGGUGACCUACUGGACUCAAAAGGCUAUGGUUUAGCCGGGCCGAAAGAUUCUCCAUGGAUAGCACUUUUAUCAAAGGAAAUAGUCCAUUUACAACAGAAGCAAGUAAUUUCCAAAUUUUAUACAAAAUGGUGGGUAGAGAAAAGUGGUGCUGUCUGUGAAGACGAUACAGAUAAGAAGAAGAACACGAAUGCGUUGGGCGUGGCUAACGUAGGCGGUGUCUUUGUAGUCUUAGCCGGUGGUACUAUAUUUGCGCUACUUGUGGCAAUUUUAGAGUUUCUGUGGAAAGUUAGUAGGAAUGCACGUGUAGAUAAGCAAACAUUCUGGUCGGAAAUGACAGAGGAGUUGCGAUUUAUUUUUGUUAAAUGCAAGUCCACGAGAAACACGGGCGGUGAUCAGGGAACUAAGACAGUAGAAAAUAACGGCGUGACGUUCAAUGCAAUACCAACAGUGCCUAAUGAUAGAAAUCACAAAGAAGUGUUUGAUUGAUAUUACGAUGUUAUAGAAGUGUAAUAGGUGAUCGCAUAGUGAAAUGUGUAUUUGGAGAAAUGUUGUUAAAUAUCAAAGUAUUUUAUUGAUUUAUAUGUUUUAUUUGAUGAUUGCUUGGCGAUUAUAUUUUGUAAAUUGAUGUUCAGAAAAGUGUUUUUUAGUUUGGUUGAAUUGUUUCCAGUUAGUGUUAGACGCUAUAGACUGUAAAGUUAUUUCAUAAAUGUUGAAAUGUGAUAAGCUGAAGAUACACUGACAAUCCUCUUACAAAAAGAGGGGACUAUAUUUUUGUGUACGCCUCCGCCAGCCGAUAAACCAUUCAGUUUAAGAUCUUAACUGGAGAACACUUUGGGCCACGACUGUCAAUCUUUUUGUGUUGUUUUAACGGUGAGACAAUACGACAAAGGUCAAGGUCACCAUUCCUUUGAGAAUAAACAAUUAACUAGAAAAUGACAAACUGAAAUGCAUGACUGCCUUUGAUCAGUAGAUCAGUCUGUGUUGUUAAGGUCAACAGGUCAAUUAAGCUCACAGUUACUUUUAUAGAAAGAAAACUUUUUCCGAUCAAUUAUUGGAAAUCAUUUCUAACUACACUGGUAUAAAGUUAUUACUUAUGGUCAGUAGAUUGGGUAUGAAUGCCUGUAGAUGUUAGUGGACCACUUUGUCUUAUUGGGAAGGGUGUAGAAAGCAGUUUCAAACAAUACAGAAUGCUUGGUCCUAUAUCUGCAAAGCUUAAUAAGAUAAUUGCCUAGGGUCAGAAGAAAGUUCCAGUCCUGUUUGAAGUAAUUUGGGCAAAUAUUUAAAACACACGGUACUUUAAAUCACAUAAGUGGUACCUGCGACAAGUAAUCAUGAGGUGCCGUUCUUCACACGAUUACAUUUUAUGUCAUCCCUUCCUGUUUAAUUAAAGCGAUAUAUUUGGUCUGGAUUAUGUAAUUUAGUAUGGUUGAAAAUGCUAAGACCAGGUUUGAUUUGCACUUGAAAUACCGUUCUGUAGUAAUAGUCGCUUAUGGUUUGAUUCAUUUGCUAUUAAGUAUUUUACUUCUAUAUGUAUUAUGCAUUCGGUUUUAAAACGGCAAAGAGCGUAGAAAAUGUUACUGUAGUAAAUGUUUAAGCAAUUUUUGUUUUAUAAAUUAAAUAUUUUGUUGUUGUUUAAAAUGUGUAAAUGUUGAACAGUGUCUCAGUUAUCUGUUUGCGUCUGAAUGUGUUGUACUGUUAUUGUACAAACUUAUGCCUUAAAGGUAACUAUCUCAUUAUGAAAUGUGAUAGAAACAAAUAUUGUAGUAGAUAUGAGUAAAUAUAAUGGAUAUAUCUCCUAUGGAAAACGUUAAAAGGUAGAUAAAUACGUUACAUCUAAUCUUAAUUGCAUAACAACUGUUGCUGUCUCGUCCGGCAAUAAUAUCUUAGUGUUUGCUAUAUGUAACAAAUUAUGUCCAAUUUAAUUCAAAAGUAAGUAUGUGAAACACAUUGGUAUGAUAGUGUUCGUCUGAUAUCUUGAAGAUGUUCAGUUGUGUGUGUAUAGAUUGUGCCUAUAGAAGUAAGCGUAUAACUUCCGGUUUAUUUGCAUACUGUUACGUCAUUUCCGGCAGUAUACUGUCACCAUUCCAUAUCUAAUCCGUAGAGUUUAUUAGCUAUUCCUUUUGUGUUCUUCUGAAGAUUCAACGAGUUUUUGUACCUGAUAUCCAUCGAUAUGUUGAGUGUGUGAAUGAUGUAGUGUGUUGUCUGGUGAUAACGGACAUAUAUUUAUUUUGUUAUAAAUUAAAUAACAAUGUGUAAAAUUAUGAAAAUGCCUUAUGUCAAUAUACAUCAUGCCACGGUAUGCCUUAAAUCACCCACACGUUAAAAACUAUUAGUCGUUUGACUGAAUGACAGGUGUUUGUGUUUUUGUCAUAAUUAUGCAUACGUUAGAUCAUUCAGAAAAAAGGGACUGGUUUUUUUCCAUAACACUUCAACGUUUUAUUUCUAUAUGAGUUUUUUUAAAGGCUUUUUCAACUUAACAAAAACGAUUUUGUGGGCAAAUCCAAAGUUGAUGUCUUGUUAACAUUUUUUGGAAGAUAGAUAUUAGGCUGUGAAAUCGAAAACUAAUAACUCAUGAAAAUCUUAAAAGUUGCUGCUGAUGUCAACGCAAAAACCUGACGAUAAAGAUCCAAACUAUCAAUUUAUGAAUACUGCAAUACAAGUCAAUAUAUAUUUCUGUACAAUUAUACCGUUCAUAUACUUGAAAAACCUCUAUUUAUAUAAUGUUAAGACAUUCAUUUGGUUAGUUUUAUGUUUUGUAAUUUCUUAAUUUCUUUUUGUAUUUUAUGGAUUGUGAUAAACGACUCUGUUUAUCAUAGAUAUAAAACUUUUUUAUCGACGACUCUUCGUUUGUUCUUCCCUGUCAGGAAGGCGGUUUUAGAAAAUGGUGGGGACCCUUUUUAUUAAGCCAUACAUAGAAGACCCACCUUUAUGUAAAUUUUCUAAAUUUUCUACAAUAUUUCCUCUUUUACGGGAAAAGGAAAGAAAAUGAAUGAAAGCAAUCUAAUUGUUUAUCAGACUCGAAUAAAUGCAUCACAUUCCACUGUUCUAAAUAUAUACAGUGUUAGUACCUUUUUUAAAUACACCGUCUUAAUUCAAUUACAUGAAAACACUUUUUCAAGUUUAAUGAUACGCAAUCUAAUUUUACUGUAAAAUAUUUACGAUCUGGUUUGUACUAAAAUACUGACAAUGCUAUGAAAACUUUGGUAAAUCUUGAACAGUGAGAUCUGGUAGACACGAGCGAAUAAGUUUAGUCUUUGCUCUUUACUGUAAUGACUAUCUCAUCAAAAGAGUAUCAUUUGUUCCAGUCAAAAUCUUACUUGUAAUAUGUAUUUGUAAUUGACUGCUAAGCUGUAGACCGUUUUGAAGCACGGGAAAUAACUGCUAAUGAUAUUAAAAUAUCUGCAGCAAUAUUAUGUCCCUUUGUUUAAAAAAAUCGGGAUAAUCAGAGGUGACAAAAACUAUAUAGAAAUAUAGAAAGAGAUUGAAGUUUUUAAAAAGAUUAUUCAAGUCAGGCAGAUCAGUUGUAUAAGCAAGCUGCUGAUUCAGACUAUAGUCUAUCUGCUGUAUAAUUGUUUGAGUUCGUAUGUUACAUUAAGUAAUUCUACUUUUUUAUGUCCAGCAUCACAUCUGAAACAUCAUUUCCAUUAAUCACGAAUUUUAAUUCAUAUAUGAGCCGCGCCAUGAGAAAACCAACAUAGUGCGUUUGCGACCAGCAUGGAUCCAGACCAGCCUGCGCAUCCGCGCAGUCUGGUCAGGAUCCAUGUUGUUCGCUAAUGGUUUCUCUGAUUGCAAUAGAUUUUGAAAGCGAACAGCAUGGAUCCUGACCAGACUGCGCGGAUCCAUGCUGCUCGCAAACGCAGUAUGUUUUCACAUGGCACGGCUCAUAUGAUUUACAUCAGAGGAGUUAACAGCGAACUGCUAGCAAAACGUAUAUUAUUUGUCAUAUUGUUAGACAUUGUUUUUUUAAGACAUGUGAAAAUAAAACCAUUGAAAUAUG